UCCAGGACUCCUGAUCUAUUGGUUAUCAAGCGUGAUCCCAGAAACAGGAAGAAAAUCAUGUUCAGGAUAUUGAUACCAUGCUUGAUAUGGCUGUCAACGGUGCGCUCGGACGCCGGGAUGCACAUGGACAUGCCGAACGAAUCGCUAAUGGAUAAGAUAUCGGACACCUCGAUGUUGAAGCCGAAAAGGGAGUCCCUUCAUCAACCCUGUGGACCAAUCUAUCCGCAUGUUCCCGCUUACGCACCGCCGCCCGUUUACGUUAAACCAUACGUCCAGCCGACUUAUCUGAAGAAGGAGCUGGGCGUCCAGCCCUUGGCUCAUUUCCAGUAUCCUCAACAUUCCUCUUACACCUCUGUGGUGUCGAAACCGAUUGUCUCGUAUGUAAAGCCGGUGACGCCCGUGGUGAACUACCAAACGGUGCAUCAAUCGCUCCAGUAUAUCAAGCCAGCGAUGCCAAUCUACCAGAAACCCAUGCCGUCUUAUGCGCCGAUCUACCAGAAGCCGUUAUACUACGCACCCACAUAUCAAAACCACAUGUACCACGACGUGAUGCCGAAUAUAUUCGUGAAGAAGUACGAGGCUCCCGUCGCACCGAUCGUCUAUCAGAAACCGCUGGUACACGCACCCGUCCAGUACGCCGCGCCGAAGGUGGUGCAGCUGCCAACGCCGCACGUGUCCUACGUUAAGCCCGUGGUUCACACACCGCCCUUGUAUGCUCCGCCGCCCGUACAUAAUUCUGUUAUAGUUAAGCCUCAUUGUGUUUAAAUCGAUCGCGUGGAUAUCGAUACACGAAGGGCUUUCCUGAACACGAAUUCUGAAACGUGUUAAAAGUAAAUGAUUGGCACACAACACUGUCGGCUUUCAUCGAACAGUAUUUUGUAUUAUGAAAGUAAAAUGAGUACGUAAUGUAUCGAGAAAUAAAACUGCAAAAUUGUAUGUAAUCGCAACGAGAAGACAUAAUAAUUUGUAUUGCGACAUGCAUUGUUUCUUGUGUGUGAAAGUCGUUUAUAUUAAUAUCAGUUAACAAAAUGAAAAAAAAGACGUAUUGUCAGAUUGAACACAAAAUUCAUGUGAAGUGUAUAAUAAAAUCAUUUCCUUCUUCAAUCAAUUGUUCAUAUAUUUGACUACUUAUAAAGCAAGGUUUAACUUAUUUACUAAACUUGAGACUACAAUUCGUACGAGCCAGUAAUUUUGUU